GCAUUCAUGUAAACAGCGAUAAUGCGCUAGGAAGACGCAUCGCAUUAAUGCGCCAGGCGAGGGUAGAUUUACGGGCGUGAAGCGACUCUCGCGGAGUAUCUAAACACACGAUCGUCGCAUUAGGAAUUAUGGGAAGGAAUUAGCUGCGGGACUGCCGCGCUGGUGAAGCUGCGAGACAGCAGCACCCGAAGCAGAAGCAAAAUGGCGUCCCCCGUGACAAGGUCUCUCGCCGCAACGUGCUCGGCGCGAACGUAUUUCACCGCGGAGGAAACCGCUGCUUUUCUCGCAAUAAUUUCAGAAAUGAAUAUUGGGGAGCUGCUAGAUUCCCGCCGUCAGAGGAACCAAGUGCAUUUUACGAGGGUCCAGGAAGAGAUGGUUCGUAUUGGUUAUGAAAGGACUUGGCAGCAGCUGCGAACGCACUGGAAGAAUCUCAAAGGAAAAUUCAACAAGGUAAAGAGCUACAAAUGCUAAGCGGCGCGGCACCCUCGAAAUGGAGAUGGUUCAAAGAGAUGAGCGCCAUUCUGUGCCACCGUCCUAUGGUGGAGGCCCACGACUAUGGCAUCGACAGCGACGCUGUCAGCGUCGCCGAGGAGGACAGCACAGCUCAGAGUGAUGACGACAGGCUGUCCAGCUUUGAGAGCCUGGAUUCUCCUGGUGGCAGCCAAACGCCUUCUGAAAUGAGCUCAAGUCCAGCCACUGGCUCUACCCUGCCACCACCAAAGCGGGCCAAGAAGAACAGCACCUUGACGCUGCCCCAAUUAUUGGAGCGGCAGCAUCUGCGCACAGCUGCACUCCUCAAAGAACAGAACGAGGUUCUGUUUGAGCAGCAAAAAGAGCUCCUACAAAAGGAGAAUGACAACUUCAAAGAAGUUAUGGCCGGAAUUACGGCAUCGUUUCUGCAGGGAACACAAGCCAUGAUGGCACAAUUGGCAAGGCAGCCUGUGCCAACAUUUGGGCAGAUGGCACAACCCUUUUCUUUUGGCCAUCCUCUGCAAUAUACUCAGCAAGAGGGAACUUAUGUUUUUGCUGCACAGUCUCAGGGGAGCGGCCAGCCCAACUCUCAAAAACAGUAGUAUAGGUCAACUAUAACUCUAACAAAUAAACAGUUUUCAA